AUGACUACCGUGCGCGUCUGCGUCUGCGGGGACGAGGGCACCGGCAAGUCGAGCCUGAUCGCAUCCCUCGUCAAGGAUGUCUUCGUUAGCAACAAGAUCCAGUCCGUCCUGCCCCAGAUCACCAUCCCUCCGAGCAUCAGCACUCCCGAGAAUGUCACCACCAGCAUCGUCGACACCUCGGCCCGGCCCCAAGACCGUACCGUCCUGCGCAAGGAGAUCCGAAAGUCCAACGUCAUCCUUCUCGUCUACAGCGACCACUACAGCUAUGAGCGGGUCGCCCUGUUCUGGAUGCCCUACUUCCGCUCCCUCGGCGUCAACGUGCCCGUCGUGCUGUGCGCCAACAAGUCCGAUCUCGUCCGCGACAGCACCACCCCGCAGGUCGUCGAGGAGGAGAUGCUUCCCGUCAUGACCGAGUUCAGGGAGAUCGACUCCUGCAUACGCGCCAGUGCCAGGGAGCACAGCAACGUAAACGAGACCUUCUUCCUGUGUCAGAAGGCCGUCACCCACCCGAUUGCGCCCCUGUACGACCACAAGGAAGGGGACUUGAAGCCCGCCUGUGUGUCGGCGCUGAAGAGGAUAUUCUAUCUGUGCGACAAGGACCAAGACGGCUACCUCAACGACGAGGAGAUGCACCAGUUUCAGGCCAAGUGUUUCGAGAAGCCUCUAGCUUACGAGGAUCUCCAGAAUAUCAAGCUGUCACUCCAAGCCUCCAUUCGAGGUUACAACGCUGCGCAUGGAAUUGACAUGAAGGGUUUCUUGCAGCUGAACAAGUUCUACGCCGAGAAGGGGCGGCACGAGACCAUAUGGGUGAUCCUGCGCAAGUAUCACUAUACAGACAGCUUGAGUCUCGAGGACGGUUUCAUACACCCCAAAUUCGAAGUCCCCGAGUACGCCUCGGCCGAGCUGAGUCCAGCUGGCUACCGGUUCUUCGUCGAUCUGUUCCUGCUCUUCGACAAGGACAACGACGGUGGCUUGAACGAUCGAGAGCUGACGGCCCUCUUCGCACCGACACCCGGCCUGCCGCAAUCUUGGAUCGAGUCGUCUUUUCCGUCGUCGACGGUGCGCAACGAGGCCGGUUAUGUCACACUUCAGGGAUGGCUCGCCCAGUGGAGCAUGACGACCUUCCAAGAGCCCAAGACCACCAUCGAGUACCUAGCAUACCUCGGGUACGAGCCGUCAGGUGUCAGGGAUCCCCUGACCUCGGCCCUAAAGAUUACCAAACCGCGGAAGAGGAGAAACCGACCUGGCCGGGUCGAGCGAAACGUCGUGCUUUGCUAUAUCGUCGGCGCGGGAGGAGCAGGGAAGUCUUCUUUGCUAGACUCUUUCUUGAGCCGGCCCUUUGACAGCCUCUACCACCCCACAAUCAAGCCUCGUAGGGCUGUGAAUAGUGUCGAGCUUCCUGGCGGCAAACAGUGCUAUCUGAUCCUGGAGGAGCUGGGCGAGCUCGAGCCAGCCAUCCUGGAGAACCGCGCGAAGCUGGACGCCUGCGAUUUGAUCUGCUACGCUUACGACUCCACGGAUCCGGACUCGUUCUCGCACAUCGUGGACCUGAGGCAGCGCUUCCCACACCUGGACGAGUUGCCCGCGAUCUACACCGCUCUCAAGGCCGACAAGGAUAAGGCCACACAGCGCAGCGAGCUGCAGCCGGACCAAUAUACAUCGAGCCUUAUGAUGAGCUCCCCGCUGCAUGUGAGCGUGACGUGGAACAGCAUCAGCGAGUUCUUCGUGGCCCUCGCCGAGGCGGCCACAAACCCGAGCACGGCUUUCCCCAAGAACGAGGAGCCGCCGCCCGACAGAUCAAGCCUUUACAUAGCUGUCGGGGCGACAUUGUGCGCUGGAGUCGCCGCAUUCAUGAUCUGGCGCCGGUCUACAAACGCCGCUUAG